GCGGACGUGCACAAGGUGUCGGCGCGGGCGGCCGGCCCGCCGCAGCACGCCGCCGCCGCCGCGCACCGACAUAACGGGGUUCCGCAGGCGAGCACCUCGCGGGACCAUAAGGGAGUACAGUGUUCAGUGUGUGGAUACUUUAACCAUGAUGGAAAAAAGUGUAGAUUUAAGAAUGCGUCUUGCAAGUUGUGCGGUAUUAAAGGCCAUUUGAUGCGCGUUUGCAACGCGAAAAAUGGGCCAUCUAACCAUCAUUUCCUACAAUGUUGCACGGAUGAGGCCGAUGAGGUGUUCGCAGAUGCAGCACUACCGUGGCAGUAGGAACAUUGAUUUCAAGCCAAAUGACGUAGUUAUAGUGAAAGUGUACCAGGGACAGAAAGCGUUUUGGUCUAAAGCGUCAGUGAAAAAACAAUUAGGAAGAUCGACAUUUUUAGUUCAUUGUGAGCAAUCGGACCGUUUAAUAAAAAGACAUAAAAAUCAAAUCUACAAGUAUAAGGGGGAAGAAGAUGCGAUAGGGCAACCGCAACCGGAAAACCCUGAUGUUGCCCAACAAGGGAAAAAACCCAUGGCCUCCGACCACGUGCCAGCUAUAGUCAUGGAAACUACCCCAACAAGUAUUCCACAAGCGUCAGCGGUACCAGCCGUAGCUCCGGUCUCUGUAAUACCGCAAGCACCUCUUGCUUCUCCAGUGCCAGCUGGACCUAUUGUACCUCCUCUAUCAGCGGCCGCGUCGGAACUCGGUAAUCAACCCGCUCAGGCAACGAUACCAGAGACAACUACUACGACAGAUGUAGAGGAAUGGCCCGAUUGCCAAGAACCACAGGCCCCGGGCACGAGCGAAUCUGUCGAGGUCCGCACACCGCCAUCAUCGACAUCGGAGACGGUAAUACCCUGCGAACCCGCGGCACAAAGCGCGGCCCCGGGAAAGACCAAACGCACACGGAACCUGGUGGAUUAUAGACAAUUUUUCUAGUUUAAGUUCUUCUAGUUUUGUUUGAAACUAUUGGUGGAGGGAUGUUAGGUUUAAGAUAUCGGGUAGAUGAGA